AUGCCGUUGACGAGAGGCCAUGUGUUGGUUGUGCCAAGGCGGCAUUAUGAGAAGCUGUCCGAGGUGGGGGUCGCUAUGGGUAGGGAGAUCGGCCAAUGGCUCCCCAUCCUCUCCCGAACCGUCUUAAAAACCCUCUUCGGCGAAGACCCAGACAACACCCAAUGGCACUGGAAUGUCGUGCAGAAUAAUGGAGUCCGCGCCGCCCAACAAGUCCCCCAUGUGCACUUCCACAUCAUCCCGCGUCCUCCAUCAGACCCCACGCCCAACGCGGCCAAAGUCAGCUGGGUGAUGUUUGGGCGUGGGCAGAGGGACGAGCUGGAUGAUGAGGAAGGGGAGGGGUUGGCGAGGUUGUUGCGGGAGGAGCUGGCGAGGGAGGUUCGGCGAGUGAGGGAUGUUGAGGGGGUGGAUUUGGAUUUGGAUUUGGAUCAUGGCUCGUCCGUGGAGGGGAGGGGGAAGGGGAAGCUUUAG